AUCAAACAUUCCACCCCACUUACUGUUACAAAAUACAAUACAAUAUAAAUACUUACGAUAACUAGCAAACUAUAUCAAUUGUGUGUCAACGGUCCCACAUACUAAACAACAAAAUGUUCAGCAAAAUCGCAGCUUUCGGUGCCAUGUUGGCCGCAGCUAACGCUGGUGUUUACCCCGGACACGGCAGCGCCGUCUCUUCCCAAAGUAUUGUUCACCACGGUGCUGUUCAUCAUGCUGCUCCCGCUGUUGCAUACGCUGCAUAUGCUCCCGUAGCAUACGGACAUUACGCCGCCCCAUCAGCCCACUACGACGGUCAUGAUGAAUAUGCUCACCCCAAAUACGACUUCUCAUACUCAGUAGCAGACCCUCACACCGGUGAUCACAAGUCACAGCACGAGAGUCGCGACGGUGACGCCGUCCAUGGAUACUACUCCCUGGUACAGCCUGACGGCUCCGUACGUAAAGUGGAAUACUCUGCUGAUGCACACAAUGGUUUCAAUGCGGUCGUUCACAACUCAGCUCCAUCAGUCCACCCUCAACACGCCUACAGCCACUACUACUGAUCGACCAAAGCGACGCUCGAUUUUAAAUUAUAACAAAAUAUUUUUACCCCAUUACUAAAUGGGUUACCAAUAAAUUAUUGAAUAUACAA